CUAAAUUCAGACGCCGGUAAACAAGCAGCUGAAGCUGACGCACAGAAGCACAGAGGAGUCGCAGCAUCAUGAAGGCAGAGCGGAUCGGCGUGGACAUUCCCGUGUACGACCUCUCGCUGAUCCGAGACCUGUGGGAGGGACGAGUGAGGAAGCAGAAGCAGCGGCAGAGGAAGGAGGAGGAGCGCAUCAGCCAAAGUGCUCUGGCCAAGGUGAAUCAGCAGUGGCAGUAUCGCAUCGCGUGCCGGAAUCUGAAGAGCGCUGAGGUCUCGGCCCUGCAGUGUUACCUGGACCGAUCAUGUGAUCAAUUACACACUCAACACACACUACACAACGACACUGACGCCGAGAACAAGAAGUUCAUUUUUGAGCUCAAUGGAGACAAAUGGAUGGUAACUCGCUGAAAACGCUUUUGUUUGUCGAGCGCAUUUGCUCUCCGUGACUUCGCUAUGAUUGCGAUUUGCAGAAAUUACCUGAAGAUCUCCAGUUUAUGACGUAUCUGAGGGAAUGGCACAUCCACGCGACGAAGAUUCGCG